AAUACUUCGUAUGUCUAUUUAUCAAGUACGCUAAAGCUUUAAAAAUCACAACAUCAAGUAUCUAUUCAGAUCCUUUAAAUCUUCUAAAGAAAAUCAGAAGUUAUCUAUCUACUCACAGCGUCCGUGUUUUCUCUGACAUGACUCGAAAGUGCGCUCCCCUGCAGCUUCAACUUGUCAGUUAGUUGUAGGCAGUAAGUAGUAGUCCCUAGAGCCUUCUUUACUAAUGAACAUGUAGAUCUGAUCCAGAAUUUCCCGUGUUACAUUGUUUCUCUCAAGUUUGAAACAAUGGCCGUGAUAGUCGAUCAUUCUUCGUUACAGAUUGCCUUUCCCUUCUGCUCCAAAGAAGCCUACGGAGAUUUUCGAAACACGACAUUAAGGGCACGCCCACAAAAAUUUACAGCUUGAACCUGUCUAGAUGUUUAUUUGAACAUUUUUGAUUCGAUCUCAACAUUUGCACACCUUGUCGCACGCUGGAUCAUCUGUAAACCUCAGAUGGGACAGGACGACUUGCAAAAACUCUAUCGCAUGAUUCCGCAAAACAUCAGAGGAUUUAGUAUUACGUUAAUGUGAAGGCAUUAUCUAGGUACCUCCCUACACCAAUAUAAAUGAUAUGGUCUGAACAUCUAAGUACCGCACUCCAGUGUGGUGAUGGUGAGGUGCUACAAGAGGUCAGCGGUUAUUCUACCCAUUCGAAGUGAGGCCACUGGCGGGCAUCAUCGAUGAAUACUUUUACGCCUGGACAGUUAUUCCACAAUCUCUUGGUUAUGCGCCUACUAAAGCCACUUGGAUUGUCUUAAUACCUCAAAUUUCCGACCCUUCAAACUACGAAUGUGCCACAGAUGAUUUAAAGUAUAACAAUCGGUUGGUGAUUAAAGCAAGCCCUACGGUUUCCAUCCAGACCUUGCGGGACUCUCAUGAUUGGUUGUGGUUAUUGAGGGCCAAAAAAACUUUGACCAUCAACCAAGCAUUUCCCGAUGUCCGUUCUUUUCUCUCCCGAAUACCCCUUGCAUGACCCCGCAAAAACGCAUCCCAAAACAUUAUCAAAAAAAUGUUUCCAACAUCAGAAUAUUCAUACUUGGAGUCGAUGAUAGGACCUCGGUCGUUCUCUCUUUACAAACUUUUGCUCCACUUUGAGGUACUUGGAGGUUCUAGUUACUUUCGAAAUCAUCGAGCUUUCCCGUGUGCCAAUUGUUUAGUUUCGAUUCGGUCCAUUCAUCACUUGCAAGAAACAGUCCCGAAAAAAAAACUUGCUCUAAUCAUUGUCCAUUCCUUUCAAUUGCAUCAGUCAGUGGGUUGUAAUACAUUCUCUGCAUUUUCCUUUUGUCUCUGGAAGUACAAAGCAAAAGGAUAUGCCAAGCACUUUCACUUUUCAAUCCUCAUUGAUGUCUGCUUUGUUUUGCUUUCUAUUAUUUCUUCUCAACAAGUCGAACACAUUCACUCGAAUCCGCUUGGGAGGAGUUACCCUAUUGUUCUCUGUCACAAUAAAGGAUUUUCGGUUCAUACAAACACCUUUGUCUAGUCACGACAGCCAUUAUUACUCAAAGCUAUUCAUUGUACAUCUUUUGUCCAGUCAUUCUAAACGAUGUUCACGCUGGUCGGGAAUCAUCUAUAAAGUUCUAUACAAUCACCUUUUUAAUUUUGUCUUCUUAAAUCAACCAACAAUUGUUUCUUACAAUAUCACAUGUUUUCAAAACAAACAAACAUUAACAAAGCACUCGAUCAAAAAAACGCACAGCUCGAACCUUAAAGUACAUAUCAAAAACACAACUUUUCAGGCAAGAAAAACAUCGUGACGAUCAAACACGAACACUUAAGGACAUUAUUUCCAAUAUGAAAUUCACAACUUCAAUCAGCAUCGCAGCUCUUGCGUUACUUUUUCAAACAACCACCGCUCACACUUGGGCAGAUGAACUUAGGGUCAUUGCACGAAAUGGGACCAUGACUACAAAGGGCUACCCACGUGCUUACGUCCCCCGAUUGGCCGGAUAUAAUCCCGACGAUAACCUCUACAAACUGUUGAACGAUGUUUCCAGUGAUACUCCAAUCUGUGGUCCAAAGCAGACACCAGGAGCAAAAUCUGUCGACUCAGCAUACCAAGCUUUGAGCGCCGCUCCAGGAGACUUUGUUGCCGUCAGAUACCAAGAGAAUGGACAUGUUACUGAACCUACCCAAGCAGACACUCCCACAGAAGGCAAGGGAUUUGGUAGUGGGCUCGUAUAUGUAUAUGGCACGGCAGACAGUAAAGCGACUGACAAGAUCAGCUCCAUUCACAACGUAUGGAACAAGGAUGGAACUGGUGGAGACAAGCGGGGAAAGCUCCUUGCUGUUCAAUACUACGAUGAUAUGGCAUGCUUCCUCGCUGGCAAUACAAACGGGGAUCUCUUCGUGGAUACUCCUACCGGCAAACAAACUCUCGCAGAGGUAAGACAAGAAGCUUAUCCUUUUACACCGACGGAUCCCAUGGGCGCAAAUCUCUGGUGCCAGACGGACUUUCAGAUCCCGAAAGAAGCACAAGCAAAUAAGGACUAUAGCAUCUACUGGGUUUGGGACUGGCCUACCAUGGACAAAACCACUGGCCAACGAGUCGUCAAUGAAACCUACACUUCUUGCGCCGAUAUCGCCAUCACCGGCCCUGUCAACACUGAGGAAAUCGCAUAUGUCGCACCUCAAGAUCUCAAUAACGCUGCGCAAUGGAGUCAGAUGGUCAAUCAUUUUAUCGUCGAUCCCACCGCCGCUCAAAAGCCAUUUUCUCUUCGCGUAACCACCGAUCUCUUUGCUAGGCCAACAGCUAUUGCUGGGGCCGGGACAACAGCUCAUGUGCAACCGACCACCGCAUCCUCCGUCACUCAGCAACAGUCCUCCACUACGCAGGAAGUAGCAACCGCUACAGCCAUUUCGACACAACAGAGCAUCACCACUGUCACCGUCUAUGUCACGCAGACCUCAGGCGUCGCGAAACCAACCGGUGUCGCAACUGCUGCGCAAGCUGGCGUAGGAGCUCCUUCUCGCCUUGCAUCAGCAAGCGGCUCUCUUCCUUCUGUUUCACCUUUCAUGAAGCGCUCGAUCCAGAUUCGAGGACGCGAAGUGAACUAAGUUCAACUAUAGGCGGCACGAGAAUCGUCGGCAGAGCUGGAUGAUAAAGAUAGAUAUAUUAGAUACCCCCCCUUUUCUUUUACGCAACUCAACAACACAACAAAAUUGAUGCAUAGAUAAGAUACCCUCGGACUUCAGUUUUAUAGCAUUACAGGGCUUGCAGGCGUUUUUUCUUUCAUGUUCGUUGGGUUUGACCUCAUAGAAUACCCAUUUUUUCCUCUGUUACUUCACUUUUUUUAUGACGACUUUUUCUUUGAUGAUAUGAUGGAUAUGGAUUGCAUAUGGAUGCGAUAUUUGGUGCAUGGAACGACUGGAUUGGUCAUGAAUUGAUAUGAAUAUGGAUGAUACCCAUUGGGCUUGCCUAACAUUUUACUACAUACGUUUUUGUCUUUUCCUUCGGAGAAUGGUGUUUAGGUGUUUAGAUGCUUAGGAGUUUAGAUUCUUAGAUAUCAUAUCGUAAGACUAAUAUUAGCUUGUAAG